GGGCGGGGGGCGGGGCUUAACCGGGGCAGGAGCUUUAGGUGCGGCUCAGUCAGUCUUCCUGAAAGUGGGGAGAGUUGAACUGUCAGCGGCAGCCAGGCUCGAAGAAAACGCAUCAGCAGAAUGGAUCUUGAUCUGUCGUCGGCUUUGGGUGGAAAAGAUGAGGAGGUGAAGAAGACGGAGGCACAGAAGGACGAGCUGAGCUGGCCUUGGAGCAAAAACAAGGAUAAAGACAAGAAGGGUGACAAGUCUGAUAGCAAAGACAAGGACAAGUCUGACCACAAGGAAAAAGACAAAGACAAGAACAAGUCUGACCACAAGGAAAAAGACAAAGACAAGAACAAGUCUGACCACAAGUCCAAGUCUGACCACAAGGACAAAGAGAAGUCCAAGGAUGGCAGUAGCAAAAAGAAGAAGGAAAAGAAGGAAAAGAAAGAAGGGGACGAAGGUAAAGACAGCGGUUCAUCAUCAUCGUCAUCAUCAUCUAGCAGCAAUGAGGUACAGUAUCCACCAUUUUUAAUAACCAUCUAUUUCUGUUGGCUUUGACAGAGAACCCUGGCAGAUUAUCAGGUUAAUCUCUGUGUUUCCUUGUUCAUAUCUGGCGUUUGUAGAAAACCUAGAAAAGCCGAUGAAAUGCAGCCAAACGGGGAAACAUACCGGUCACGCCUCGGUUCAAGGGUUGACUGCAGAAUCAUGGCCUUUUUGUAAGGGUGUGUGUUUGUACAGCAUCCACAGCAGGUCUUACUAGCACUGCAAGUUUUCUCAUGGCCACGCCCCCGUCGUCUAUGUUGCUAGCUCUGUUCAUAGAUCAGAAUCUAUAUUUCAGUCUCUCUCUGUCCUCUCAGAGCGCCCAUAUUAGCCUAAAAAUUCCUUCCUUGGAGUCUUAUGUUAAAAGUGACUCAAAGCAGCUGAGAAAGGAGAUGACAGAAUUAUUAUUUUUUUAUCUUUGUGAGCAGGUGUGGUUGAUGCCGUGGCUAGGUGUGACCCUGUGAUUGGUUGAUAAUACAAACACACAAAUGCGCUCCUAGGAGACAAAUUAACUGAUCAGACUGGAUUAACAGGCCUGUAUCCCGAUGAUGAAACUCAGCAGAAUUGUCACACAGCAUCAAAAUGUUUGCAUAUUAUUUUUGCUGUGCUUAUUGUUGUGUUCCCUCACCAGUCAUUUUACUACCUUAUCUGAUAUCAAUGCGCACUGACACUCCCCUGUCAGCAUCAGCAUAUUUGGCAAAACGGCUGACUUAAAAUGGAGCAAAAUAAUGUG